GGAAUUCGGAAGUGCCCCUUUCAAGAUCCCACCUCCCAUCAUUAUUUUGUUUUCCAAAGGCACCACCUCUCUCAAACCUCACCACAAUACCAUACAAUCUUUCUGAAGAAUUACAUUUUCAACACCAUCCUCCAAGUUUGAUCCAUCCAAACCAAACCAUGGGCCUCGUUGGAAUAAUCGCAGAACUUGCUGUGCUUGGCUCCAUCGCUGCAGGCAUUGCCGCCAACGCAGCCGUUGUUGGCACUUGUAAGAUGCUCGAACUUCGAAAUGGUAAAGGCAACAUUGGUCCUUGGAGAGCCGACAUAAAUGGAAGUGGUUGCCAAGGCUGGAAUAAGGAUGAAACUGACAAGGAUGACUGGUUGCUCAACAUGGCUCGUGCUUGCUGUGUGAUUGCACUCAUUUUUGGUUGCGUCUUGGCGGUCUUUGGUUUUUUCAAUCAAUGCCUCUUCCCUCUUCCCUGCACUCAAAAGAUUAUGGAUUUGAGUGGUGUUGGUGUCCAAAUUGGAUUGGCUCUGACUUGGCCCAUGAUUCGCAGUUCAGUGUGUGAUAAUCAGGGAGGAUGUCGCUGGGGAGAUGAUGCUUCUGCAUUGCUCCUUUCGCAAAUCUUUUACAUGGUGGCAAGUAUCUUCACCCGAUGCAUGAGGGAACCUCGAUACAAGCGACGCCAAGAAAAGCAAGAGGAAGCUGAACCUGAACCUGAGAAUGACGCGGAACGCCAAGAAAAACAAGAGGAAGCUGGACCUGAACCAGAGAAUGGUGCGGAACAGAAAUAUGCCAGCGCAGAAGCCUGAGAUCACUAGUUUGAAAGAUCGAAUCUGUCCUCAACCCCAACAAUACCAAUGUCGAUUCCAUGUUGCGUACCGUAUCAGUAGCUGUCUAACAUAACCAGUUUCCUUUACUUUUAGU